UAAUAUAGAUUCCCAAGAAGGAUGUAGUUCAAGCUUUCAAAAAACUGUAUACACAAAUAAAAGCGGUAGUGAAAGUAAUAGUGAUAGCAUACCUUCAAUAAUCGUAUCAACUAGCACUAAAAAAAAGAGUAAAAAGAGAAAAAGUAAUAAUAGAAAAAGUUUCAUGUGGGAUUAUUUUAAAGUAAUUGGAAAUAAGGACGUAUGCCAGGUUAUAAUUAAAAAAAAAGGAAGAGACAAGAAAUGUGAAAAAGAAUAUAUUCAUAAUAACUCGACAUCAAAUAUGAUUGCUCAUUUGCAAUCACAUAAUAUUGUAGAUAAUAAAAAAUUGAAAUCUGAAGCUCAAUGA